AUGGCGGGCUUGUUUACUUUUUUCCGCAGAAAUUACACUGCGUCUAACCCGCCAAGUGUCCCCAAAUCCCCCGAUCCCAUACGUUUUGGGAUACUGGGCGCCGCCAAUAUUGGGCCGGAUGCUCUUUUUAUCCCGGCCCGCACCCACCCGGAAGUUGUGAUUCAAGCUGUAGCCGCGCGAGAUAAAGCAAAAGCAAAACAAUAUGCCGACAAACACGGUAUCCCAGUGGUACUAGACUCUUAUGAGGCCUUGAUUGCUGAUCCAUCCAUUGAUGUUGUUUACAUUGCUUUGCCAAACGGUCUUCAUUUUCAUUGGGCACUGGCAGCACUUGAAAAGGGUAAACACGUAUUAUUAGAGAAGCCAUCUGUAUCCAAUGCGGAAGAAGCGGAGCUGCUCUUUCACUCCUCUCUCUUGAAUAAGCCUGGAGCGCCUCUUUUGCUCGAAGCAGUACAUUAUAAUUUCCACCCGACAUGGGAAUACUUCAUGUCUCAAAUCAGCCAAGCCGACGUGGUUUAUGCGAGUCAUACGGUAUUAGUCCCUACGGGCAUCAUCAAACCAUCUGACAUACGAUACAACUAUGCCUUGGCCGGCGGGGCAAUCAUGGACAUUGGAUCAUAUGGAAUAUCGGCACUACGAGCUAUCUUCGGAUCAGAGCCAGAAUCUUGCAUCGAGUGUAAUAUGAAACCAACGGUGCCGCCGGCGAGCGAGCUUUGUGACGCAGAGUAUACGGCCAAACUCCAAUUCCCCAACGGCGCGAUCGGAGAGAUACAAGGAACAUACAAUGAAUCAUGGUUAAAGUUCCGACUUCCCCACAUUGAAGUUUUGCAUCGAGGGGUUGAAGUUCACGACGAUUCUCUCGGGCCCAACCAAGUGAAAAUACGGACACGAAAGGUGGUGUUUUACGGGCACAUGUUUGCCACCAUAUAUAAUCGCAUCGAUACAGAAGAUACGUAUGAAGUGCGCAACAAAGACGAUCAGCAGCCCAUCAAGACGUGGACGGAAAAGAAGUGCAAAUCGGUACAUUCUUUCCGGGAAAUUGACGUGGAACAACCUGGCGAAUUUUACUGGAAGUCUUACCGAUAUCAGCUGGAAGAAUUCGUCAAUCGAAUCAAAGGUCGCAGGGGAAACGGCAUAUGGGUUUCGGCAGACCAAAGUAUAGCACAGAUGAAGGCCAUAGAUAUGGUGUAUGAGAAAUCUGGCUUCGGCGUGCGGCCGUCUCAUGAGCGGCCAGUUUCAUAG